GAUAUCUGUGAGUACACCCUGUUUCGCUGUCCUUUAUGUCUCGAUCUUCAUCAUACAUGGACAGGCUGCACAUCUCUCUGCUCAUUCUCAUAGGAGCUGUUUCUUGCAGUAAUGAUUCAGUUUCUGGAUCGGUGUUAGAGGUGACAGUCAGACCAGGAGACGACAUCACUCUCUACUGUGACUGCAAAUUAUCAACUGGAGUAUACAUAGUGUGGUACAGGAACUGCUCUCAUGAGAACCAGCCUUCUCUUGUCCUACAAACAAAACACCCUUCAAAGACGGUCAACACUGAAAAUGACCCUCUGAAGAUUCUGCCUCGUUUUCAGUUUGUGAGAAACUUUUCUUCUGCAUCCUAUGACCUGCUGAUCAUGAACAUCACUCACUCUGAUGAGGGUCUCUACUACUGUGGAACUGUGCAGACCAAGGUGGAGGAUAAAGAAUACAUUACAUCCAGAACUAUUUACAGAUACGGCAACAUCACAACAAGGAUUGUAUUCAGCUCCAGUGAACCUCAUCACCCUGAGGCUUCACAAGAAUGUGGUGUAUGCUGGAUGCUGCUGUUCUCUCUGUGUCCAGCUUUAGCUGUCUUCUCCUCUCUCCUCUCCUCUCUUCUGGUUUAUCACCUCUGUCAGAGAAAGGCUAAAGAACCUCAAGUUGAUCAGCAAAGACCUCAAACAGGAAUGAAUCAGGAUGAAGAUGUGUGUUAUGCUGCAGUGGAAAUCCGUCAGGCAUCACAGAGACCAAAGAAGAAGAAAACCCAGAGUUCUGACUUCAGCACCUAUUCUGCCAUCAAUACUUCCAGGAUGUAGAGAGCCUAAAACAAGACAACAGACGUAAUAAACUGUAUAAUGAUGAUUAAUGAUAAAUGAUAUAAUUCAUUCGUAGGAAUAUGUAUAUAUCCUCCCGUCACUUAUCGUCCACAUUUAAGGCUGAGCAACAUUCAUCAUUAUCUGUAACUGAUAUGUAUGAAAAUUUGUAUGAACAAAUGUGCUUUUUGCUGAAAGUGGAAAGCAAUGAUGUUUUCCAAAAGUUGAUUUAAACUCUGUUUCUAAUUUCCUUACACCACAAAAAAAAAAAAAUCUUGAGAUGGAACACCUGUUUGUUGUUGAUUACAAUUCAGCUACAGAUUCCCCCUUUUUUUUUUUUUUGGAUUGAAAUCGAUCUGUACCAUUUCAUAACGGCUAUGAUGGUGGGGAUUGUCUGUAUCAAGACAUGAUUGCUGUUUUCAGGCAAUUUCCUGUUCUUAUCUUAGUUAGCCAUCGGCCUCAACCCUUCACCAGCAGAGUUUGAUGCCAGUAUUUGUCAUGUUGGAGCUCAUUCUGCCACAGAGAAUGAGACUCAGAGUAAUAAUAAUCUUGUUUAAAGGACAUGUCUUACAAAAGCCAAGAUGGCGACAGUUUAACACAGAUUUCUAGAAGUUACAAGACAACACAGAGGUAACAGUUAAACCCACCUCGACAACAUCUUGUUGCACCUUGUAAUCAGUAAGGCUCACAGGAAACCCAGAGUGACAAACAGCCUCUCGUACGGCUGCAGAGCUUAACGUGCAGACAGACUGAAGCUGCAGAUUAGUGUACAGCUUCACUGUCCACAGUUCAGUGUGCAUGUUGAGAAUACAGAUAAUACUUAAAAAACACAAGUACACACACACACAAACCAGCAAUGACAGAAAAGCUUCUAUUCGUAGUGUUUUGUUUUGGGGUUUUUUUUACAUUAUUGUGCCUCAAAAAUGCUUUAAAAUCAGUGAACUAUAUCAUUUGUCAGAUUAAGUAUUUGCUUAUUUUAGAUGCAUUUGUAUUGGGAGCACUUGACAACCUUUAACAGAGAGAAAGCGAAGCAAAUUUUGGUGUUGUACUGUAUGUAUAUGAGAGUAGUUAGUCACAGAGGCUUCAGGUGAAACUCUCCUGACCUCUAGUGGAGAUGUUAAGA